CGGAUUCAUAGUGCCAACCCUACAGGCUUGUGGCUGGGAAGGAAAGAAUGGCUGCAGAGAGCCCAGUGCUCUCUGUCUUCCUGUCAGAGGCCUGGGUCCGGUCCCUGAGCUCUGACUCAGGCGAGGGGUCGGUGGGUGAGCACCUGCAGGCACUCAGCCCCGAGAGCUCCUUGUUCUAUGGAGAGGGAGAGAGAGAAAAAGAGCCACCCUGCCCCAAUUAACUGUCCCCAUCCCGGAUCUGAGUCUCGGCGCGGGACUCAGGUGCCCGCUGCACCCCUGCCUAGGCGUUGCCCAGGAACCGCGCGCCGCCGCAGUGCAUCUCGGACCCCGGGCACUCGUGGACGCGCUCCCGGCUCCCACCCGGCUCCGGGCUCGGGCCGCGGGAUCCAGCACCGCCCGCGACACCUAGGCUGCGGCUAUGGGGAACCUACCAUCUGCUGCGAAGCACUGCCUCAACUACCAGCAGCUUCUCCGCGAGCAUCUCUGGAGCGGAGACUCAGUGACAGGGGCACUGGACCCGGCGCAGGAUGCAUCCCAGUUAUCUGGACUCCCUGAAUAUGUGAAAAUAGUAGAAGUUGGCCCGAGGGAUGGAUUGCAGAAUGAAAAGGUUAUAGUUCCUACAGAUAUCAAAAUUGAGUUCAUCAAUCAACUUUCCCAAACUGGCUUGUCUGUAAUAGAAGUAACCAGCUUUGUGUCACCCAGAUGGAUACCACAGAUGGCUGACCAUGCUGAAGUGAUGCGAGGCAUUCAUCAGUAUCCAGGAGUUCGCUAUCCUGUCCUUAUACCUAAUCUUCAGGGUUUGCAGCAUGCUGUUGCUGCCGGAGCCACAGAGAUAGCAGUUUUUGGUGCUGCUUCAGAAUCUUUCAGCAAGAAGAAUAUUAACUGCUCCAUUGAAGAAAGUAUGGGAAGGUUUGAGGAGGUCAUCAGCUCUGCAAGACACAUGGACAUCCCAGUGCGAGGGUACGUGUCCUGCGCUCUGGGCUGUCCAUAUGAAGGACGUAUCACACCAAAAAAAGUCACAGAAGUUUCAAAGAGAUUGUAUGGUAUGGGCUGCUAUGAGAUCUCUUUGGGAGACACAAUUGGAGUUGGUACUCCAGGCAGCAUGAAGAUGAUGCUGGAAAGUGUCAUGAAAGAAAUCCCUCCAGGGGCCCUUGCUGUUCAUUGCCACGACACAUAUGGACAAGCUCUCGCGAACAUCCUAACAGCUCUUCAGAUGGGAAUCAAUGUGGUGGACUCUGCUGUAUCUGGAUUAGGUGGCUGCCCUUAUGCACAAGGUGCUUCUGGGAAUGUAGCCACAGAGGAUUUGAUAUAUAUGCUCAACGGCAUGGGACUCAAUACAGGUGUGAAUCUCCACAAGGUGAUGGAAGCUGGUGAGUUUAUUUGCAAGGCAGUGAAUAAAACCACAAACUCUAAAGUUGCACAAGCCUCCUUCAAAGCUCGACUUGAAUGAGUUUAUGAUUUAAGAGAGGGCAAAGUUAUCCAGCACCUGUUCAUCACAGCAUCAUUAGUGCCAACACAUUCUGAAGUGGAAGUUAAUAAAAAAGAGCUGGGAAAGGAGAUAUCCUUUGCAAAGAUCAUCACUAGGUAGACCAUGAAGUAGAUGGAGGACAGGCCAAGGCAGGGCAUCAGUUCUACUGCAAGCUGGGAAUUAACCCCAGUGCACGCCCUUCUGGACAUGGACAAGCUGCUCAUUUGCUCUUACAGAAAUCAUUAUAUUUUUUAGCUUAGUAGAACUGAAAAUUGACUUCAGAUUUCUCUAAGUAUCAAGUGCUGUGUUAAUGCCUCCUCAAGCCCCCUUACUGCAGGGUACACAUUGUUAGUGGUUUAUGAGCCUCGACACAAUGCGGAGUGUGUGGCCCUGAAGUUGUGUUCCCCCGCCCCGCCCCUCUGGAUCCCAACUCUCCAUAUGCCAAGUUUGUUAAGUUAUGGACCAAGAGCCAAAGUUUCAUCUGACCCAACAUAUUUUUUAGCAAUAGAACUUUUAUAUUUCGAGUGCAGCUAACAUCUGUUAACUAUUUCGAUGACUUUAUUGUGCUCCAAGAUGCUGUGGUCAAUGGCAAGAUGCCACAUCCUGAAAGCACACCAUACCUCCCAUGUUUGUUCCAUGCAUCCAGUUUGCUGUGUUUUACAUUUAAUCAAUUGUAGAAAAAAAUCCACAAUGUUAUUUAAAUAUGGAGAAACUCUAUGGUAUGGUUUUUAUUCUGGUGUCUAAGGGACAGUAAUGAUAGUAGGCUGAAAUAGACACCCUGGUCUAUUUCCAUAAUGUCUAGUUUACUUUUAACUGGCCCAAGGAAAUACUAUUGUGAUUUUAAGAAUGUUAAUAUAAUUUUUAACUGAUGAAAAGUCUGUUUUCAUUGACUUACUGUACUCUAUAUUUGUUUUUAUUUGAGUUUAGAAUAUUUAUUUUAAAGUUGAAUGACAGAAAUAUUAUCUCUAGUGCCAGAAAGCAUUGCCAGGGAUAACGAAAAUUAAUACAUUGAAGAUCAAGGCUUGGGGAUAUGGCUCAGUGGCUAAGAGCACUGGCUGUCCUUCUAGAGGAUAUAGGUCUGAUUCCAAGCACCCAUAUGGUGAUUCAAUAGCUUUAGAGCUCCAAUUUCAGGGAAUCUAAUGGCUUCUUCUAGCCUCUGCAUGGCUAGUUAGGCAAGCAGGAUACAGGCAUAUGUGCAGGUAAAAUACCCAUUAACAUAGACAUCGUAGAAAAUAGUAAAAAUAUUGAAAUGAAAAUAUUCCAGAAAAUAAGAAGGAUAUUGAUCAGAAGUAUGAUAUCAUUAAAGGUAUAUGGUAGGAAAAAUUGGAAUGGAAGCAUAUCGGUUGACAAAGAAAUCUCAAUUUCCACAGAAGACUCCAACUUUUCAGCUCGUAACAUGUUUCUUCAGCAGGUUCUGUUACAGCAUGCUUUUCUUCUAGAGGACUGGAAGCAGUCCGUGUUUGGGGGCUCAGGUUGGAAUAUGGUUGACGUAGAGGCAGCAAAGUGGCAUCCAACUGUGGAUUGCCUGAGUACUCUCUCCCUGCUCAUUUCUCUUGCAGAAUAGAGCACUGAUAGGCAGUAGCCUCAAAUGUGCUUUUCCCUUCAUUUUCUGAGGAAAUUGAUUUUGACCUCUCAGAGGCUCAAAGUGCUCAGUUUUGAGAUAUUUGUGAGAACAUCUGUUUAUGUGGACAACUUGUAAAAACAGUGACCAGCAUUUUUGUUUUGAAAUGAAGUUCAAAGUUCUUUCAAAGACAGAGCAAAUAGAAACCUCAGAUAUAGAUGGUGUUAUAGCUUGCAUGGUGGCUACCUCAGUGUACCAGUCGACUUUCAUGGUCACCUUGGUAUUAUCUAAUUGCACCUGGCACAAACUAGUUUAUGUGUUCUUAUCUCUCUCUUUCCCUAUACUGUCUUAAUUUCUUAGGAAGAAUUUUCUUAACUUCUUUUAGCUAUCCAGGGAAACUUACUGACAUUGCAGGGCCUAUUGGAAAAAAACAAAACCAAAAAACUCACCCACAUGUAUUUUGAUACCAAAUUUUGCUUUGGUUUUACCUAGAAAGGCUUAAGAAUGACACAGCAAAUAUAACUUUUGUUGAAAUGUGAAUGAAAAUAACCUUUCUUUAUAUCUAUCUUUAAGUUAAGACUAUCUAUUCUCUAUUCUGGAACUUGAAGUCCGUUGUAUCAUAGAGAUGUGUUACUGCUCUGUUAUGGCUAGGACUGUUGGGAAGUAGUUGAUCAUUCUGCCUAGGAUGUAUAAGAACCUGUAUUUGAUCUCCCAGACCAACAAACCAACAAAGAGAAAUAAUUUUGCUUUCUGAAAAUUAAGAUUUUUGUAAAUCUUAUAUUCAUGAAUUUAGAGGAAACAUUUAAUCUGGCAAGUUUUGAGUAAAUUCAAUGUUCUCUUUACAUUUUUAGCAUUUUAUUUACCAUAAAAUUUAAUAAAGACUUUCUUAGCUGUA